UCAAAUAUGUCUGCGCCCAUAACUCAUGUGUCAUUCUAAAACUUUGAUUCAGGAUCCUGUCAAUUAUUUCUAGAUUUGAAGGGUGUCAGUGGGUCAUACACUUCCAUAAAAUGCUAAUACAUUUAAGCAAUGGGUAAAGUUAAGAAAAAGAAGUUUUCAGCUCCCAAACCUCGCCCAACUGGACUUCCAAGCGUUGGGGAAUGCGAGGCGGAGAUAGAACUUCAAGGAGAAGAUGUACACUCUGCAACUCUACAAACAAUAGUUGAAAAAUUGCAAAGUCCUAAUGAAGAGAAUAGAGAAUGUGCUUGUACAGCUAUAGCUGGGCUGGCGUCACAUCCUGGUACACUGGCAGCCUUCCUAAAGCUCAAUGUGAUCAAGAUACUUGGCCCCCUGGUGUUAGAUCAUAGCUGGGAUAUACGCCACAGGGCUCUUGGUGCUCUAAGAAACCUAAGUGUUGAUGGAGAGGUGACUGUAUGUGAAGAGAUGGUAGCUAAAGAUGUACUCACUCCAGUGCUGGCACUUGUACAACAAUUUGGAAGUGGAGACCAGUUUUCAGAGAAGGAGACACAGCGGAGGAAGACAAUGAUAUGUGAAACAUACGCUCAUGCAUUCUAUCUGCUGCAGAAUCUGUGUGAAAACUGUACACAAGCAGUGACAACAUUCAGUAAUGGGCAGCUGAUUCCUGUGAUCUGUACUAUACUGGACUCAGAAUGUAGCACUGAGGAUCUUAAAUUGGCUGUUGUGGAGUUUUUAUAUACAGUAACAGAAGAUAAUACUGCUAUGUGCAGACCGGACUUAGUAGAAUGUGUUCACAGGAUUAUGUCCAAGUCUACUGACUCUUCUACAAGAGUGCUGAUGAAGACACUUGCCUCAGGUGUGCUUGUGAAUCUGGAAGGGAGUCGGCUGACAACAGCACGCGGUGACCUAGUUGUCCCUAUUGUAACCACCAUGUCAGAUGUUCUAGCUGUGAAUGUUGCUGCCAUGUUGACUGUUCAGGACAGUGACAUGACUGACACACCAGCUACCACAGAUACCAGUGAUGUCAGUGCAGGAACAGAAACUGAUACUGACAAAGAUGUUCUAAAACAAAACAAUGCAGCAACACUGGAGGAGAAGAGACUGUGUGAUAUAAAGAAUCUGUUAAAAGCACAGAAAGUGGCACUGGAGGUGGUUGCAAAUUUAUGUUGUUCUGAUGAUGAGGAAUGGGAAGAUUUAAACAGCAGCGAAUCCAGUACAGAAGA